AUGCGCCUGUGCGGAUGUGACAAUCUCCCCCACAACAACAUGCCCCUCACGAAGAAUCUCCUCAAUCCCUCCCUGCAAGAGGAAAAGAGGAAGCACAAGAAGAAGCGCCUGGUGCAAAGCUCCGAUUCCUACUUCAUGGACAAGAAGCACCCACAAUGCUAUAAAAUCACCACUAUCUGUAGCCACGCACAAACAGUUUUGUGUGUUGGCCGCUCCACUGUCCUUUGCCAGCCUACAGGAGGAAAAGCAAGGCUUAGAUAAGCAUGUUCCUUCAGACUGAAGCAGCACUAAAACCACGCUAAAUCAUCAUGAGGGGAAAACCAUCCCAAUAAACACAUUUUGGAUACAAAAAAAAAGUAUGUAUGUGUGUAUAUAGAUUUUUUAACUAACCAUAUACUUUAAAUAAAACAGUUUCUAAAUCAGCACUGUUUAUAUUCUCCAAAUAUUUUACUCUCAGUGAUUAAAUUUUCCAAGUCUUACAUUUUCUUAUAUAAAAUUUUCUUAAAUUUCA